AUGGAGAGAUUUCGAAGAAGAACGGCACCAACGGAGAUUCCAGAUCCAGAAGAUUUUCUGUAUAGAAGUAAUUCAGAUACUUACAGGUCAGAAAAAACUCCCUAUAAUCCAUGAUGAAUCGAUGUUUGCAGUGCAAAUAUGGAUAAACUGUUCGCCGACGACGAGAAAAUAACGUUAGGCGAGCAAUUUUUGAGCAAUUCAAAAGAACAAGAAGAAAAGAAGAAGGAGACGUCUCCAACGAAGCCGAUUCUCUACUUCACCGCCGCCGGCUUCUGGAAGAAAAACGGGGAUUCACAAAGAAUCGGUGUGAUUUUGAAUAGAGAUCCGUGCGACGAAAAGCUCUAUUUUGUGAUUUACAACAAGGAAAAGACGGUUCUGAAAAGGAUUUCGGUAGAUGGAGCAAAGUUCGAAUUUGACGAAGAGCAUCUGGCCGUCACCGUGAUUUCGGAUGAAGUGAACGGAGAAGAGGCGGUGAAAGUGGCGUUCAUCGAUCGCAACGAAUUCUUGCGAUUCUCAAUAACAGUCAGUUUUCCUAUUUUUCCUUUUGUUCAACCAAUUUUUAUUUUCAGGCCCUAAUCCGCAGUGCAUCUCAGGACUGUUUCGUAAUUUUCGGCGGUUCUGGAGACCGGGAAAUCUCCGCCGAAAGUGCGCUGCUCUUCGAUCGAAUCAUUCACAAAACAGACGAAAACGGACUGGCUCUUCCGGUGAAUCAGAAGGGAACGAAGACGAAAUUAAGUGCGGAGAAGCUCGCGGAGCAUCAAGUGUACAGGUGGAUGGGCGGUCUCCGAAGGAUGUGUCAUUUGAUGGUCAAAGUCGGCGACGAGGUUCAUGAGGUGCCUUUGCACUUAAAGGAUAUGAAUAAAGAACAGACAAUUUUCAGGUUAUUGUAAUUAAAGAGAAGAUUCAGGCACCAUCACUCGCGCCGGAGCCAUCUGAGCUUUCAGAAUCUCAGAAUCUGCCACGACCGGAAGAUAUUCCUAUUGCUCAAGAAGAAGAAGAUCCAGAAGAGACGAUCGUUGCAAAAAAAGAGCCCGUGGAAGUUCCUUCUGAUGAACCGAAAGCGACCCCUUCUCCAGCUCCCCGUACUUCUGUUCAGCCUCCUCUGCCGACGUCUUCUUCUGAGGACGUCCGCGACACACUGCAUAGAAUCGUUGGAAUCGAGCUUGAUCGCAUUGAAAUGAGGCUCAACGAAAAGUUUGAACAACUUCAAAAUAACGUGCUCGGCCGGCUGGACCGUCAGACAGAACUUCUCGAACAGCUUCUGAAUCGCUAG